AUGGCAACUGCAGUCGCAUCGCAUGGUCCAUCUAUCCCCACAUAUAGCCAAAUUCCAGAAACCAAGUACGAACUUGAUUGGGCUGGAUUAGCCACUCUGGAUUUAUCGACCUUUGAGCAGCCUGGCGGCAAAGAAAAGCUGGCCCAACAGCUUUCCGAGGCAAUUCAGCAGAUUGGUUUCUUCUAUAUUACCAAUUUUGGACUUGGCCAGGAUCAAGUUGACCGUCAAUUCGCUAUCGGCAAGGAAGUCUUCCAGCUCUCACCUGAGGAGAAACUUAAGUACAGAGCAGACCUAGAAAAUGGUGGUUACAACGGCUAUAAGCCCCUUGGACUUCGUGAAGUCCGACCGGGAGUCAACGAUAAUACGGAAAUUUACAAUAUUCCGAAGUUCAUCCCAGAGCUUGAAAGAACCCACCCCAGUGUUAUAAACGAGAACAGGGCGGAAAUCGAGCAAUUCGCUCGACACAUCCAUGAUCAUGUUGUAGGAAAGCUCCUCGUCCUCUUCGCUCUCAUAUUAGAGUUGCCCGAGGACUAUUUUCUCCAGCACCACAGAUACAGUAAGAAGAGUGAUUGCCAUUUGCGGUAUAUGAAGUAUCAUCGCCGGACCCAAGAGCAGAACAAGAUCCUUGAAAAUGUCUGGGUGAAAGGCCAUACAGACUUUGGCAGUCUGACACUCCUUUUCCGACAACCUGUUGCAGCACUCCAAGUACGAACACCCGAAGGAACGUGGAAGUGGGUUAAGCCCUAUCCAGGAAGCAUCACUGUCAAUAUAGCAGAUUCGCUGGAAUUUCUAACAAAUGGCUUCUUGAAAAGUAGCAUUCAUCGUGUUGUUGCACCACCGCCUGAUCAGGCCAACGUGGACCGACUUGGUGUUUUGUACUUCGUCCGCCCAGAGGACACUCUCGAGCUCCGGCCAGUACAAAGCACUGUUCUCGAGCGGUUGGGAUAUGACAAGUCUACAGACGGUGCCGCCGUAGGUAUUACGGCUGGAGAGUGGGUGAAGGCUCGUGUUGCAAAGGGUGUAGCCAAGGAGAAGCCCCGAAGUGAGAUUGGGGAACAGCCAAUCAUUGGCGGAAAAUCAGCCAAAUAUUACGAUUAG